AUGAAGCUUCUAGUCGACCCACUGUUGGUGAUAUUUCUCUUGAACUUCGCUUCCGGUAAGUCUGAUGUUUUUGAACCCAAAGCCUGGACCGAAAAUUUGAUCAAGUAUAUGCAAUUACCAUAAUUUCCUUCAUCGAGUCGGCGCUCGGUCAAGUAUAAUACUGUCAUAGCUUUAGCCGCCCGCCAUGUGGCACUAGCUACUUCAGUUCACUUUAAUGCAACAAAACAGUUUUAAGAGACCGGGAUGACGUAAUUUCUGUUUCACCCGGCAGGAGAUGUAUUAAACAAGAACAUAGAAUACGGAUGAAAGCAGCUAGAAUUGUGAUUCAACUCUUGCUUGAUCAAUAAUAUAGUGUACUUAAUUAUACUAAUCCAGAAAAAAGAUAUCGUAAAGGGGCCGAUGUAUUUUAUCUGAUACAUCGUCUUUACAUUUUGCUUGUAAAGACACGAGGAAAACAAUUUAAGGGAAAAAGGCUGCCCACCUUUAUCCUUGGAGAUCUAGGGACGUCUUAUCGGCUGAAAGAAAUUUCAAGAAGAACUUGAGAGCCUUGUCUCGAAAAAUAACCCUGCAAGAGGUAAUAUGCCAAAAAAAUUGGCGCGCCACGAUAAAAUUCCUGGACAAAUCGCCAUUUUCAUAGCCUAUUUUUCGCCAAUGACUUCCCCUGUCUAUCAAGGGGCAAGAAAGCGCGGCCUAAACCCAACUGCCAUAUCCCGGUCAAAAAAGUAAGGAAAACCCACUAUUUCAGUUGCUAUAUUUUAACCUUUUUUGGACCCUUUAAUUCCCCAUUAUUAAUACAGAUUAUGUGAAAGCACGGCCCGAUUUCUGCAAUCAAGACGCUGAUCCUGGUCACUGUAUGGCUUACAUCCCAAGGUUUUUUUUCGAUCAACAUGAUGGCAAGUGCAAGGAGUUUAUCUAUGGUGGGUGCGAGGGGAAUAGGAACAACUUUGAGAAGCUGCAAGACUGUCAAAACACCUGUGGAGCCAAAGAUUUUUCUGCUUUGAAAUAG